AUGGACGCGGGAAUAGCCCUCAUCGUCACCGCCCUCCGCACCUUUGCCGACGUGGUCCAUGUCUUCCACAUCUGGCUCCAGUUCCGUCUCGCCUACAUCUCAAAGGAAUCGCUAGUGGUUGGCUGCGGGAAGCUCGUCUGGGACGCCCGCGCCGUCGCCGCUCACUACGUCCUCUCGCCGAAGCGCUUCUGGUUCGACAUCUUCGUCAUCCUCCCGAUGCCCCAGGUAUCUGUCGCUCCGCCCUCCCGCAGGUCCUUGGCGGCGCCUGCUGCGCGUUUGCUCUUCAAUAUCGAACGUCUUGUAGGUGGUCCUCUGGCUGAUCGUGCCGAAGUUGAUCCGAGAAGGGAGGAUCAAGCUCGUGGUGACGAUCCUCCUCUUCAUCUUCCUGUUCCAGUUCCUCCCCAAGGUCUACCACAGCAUCGCCACCAUGCGGAGGAUGCAGAAGGUUACGGGGUACAUUUUCGGGACCAUCUGGUGGGGCUUCGCCCUCAACCUUGCCGCCUACUUCAUCGCUUCCCAUGUGAGUAGAGCCUCGAAUCGCCGAAAAAGGUGGAUCAAUUCAGGUAUCUGGGCCUCUAAAUCUUUUCUGUUCAGGUGGCCGGCGGCUGCUGGUACGUUCUAGCGAUCCAGCGGGUGGCUUCGUGCCUCCGGCAUGAAUGCGAGGGCAAAAACAGUUGCGGCCUCGUCCCGUUGGCCUGCUCCAAGGAGCUCUGCUAUCGGAUACCCUUACCGAGGGGUUUGGGCGAGUACUCCUGCAACAGCAACCUGACGAUGGCCGCUGCUAGGAAGAGCUUUCCCGAAUGUCUGCAACCAGAGGGGGCCUUCCCGUACGGGAUCUACAGUUGGGCUCUCCCCGUUGUCUCUGCUGACUCGGUCUCCGUGAAGAUACUCUACCCCAUAUUCUGGGGCCUAAUGACCCUCAGGUUAUUGUUUUGAAAAACUUCGGAACUUAUCUUGUUUUCGAACUUUUCGCAUCCAGGAAUGUCUCUGAUCCAUUCCCUAGAUCCGCAGCACCUUUGGCAAUGUUCUCGAGCCCACCAGUCAGUGGAUGGAGGUGGUCUUCAGCAUAAUCAUCACUCUCAGCGGUCUGAUGCUCUUCACAUUGCUGAUCGGAAACAUCCAGGUGGGCUGUAGCUUCAAAAAUCUCCUCCUCCCUCCAUCGUCUUCCCUCGUCUCCUCAGGCCGACGAACUUAUCCCCGACGGUGCAGGUCUUCCUGCAUGCCGUCAUGGCCAGGAAAAGGAAGAUGCAGCUGCGUUGCCGGGACAUGGAGUGGUGGAUGCGGCGGCGGCAGCUGCCGUCGCGGCUCCGGCAGAGGGUCCGCCAGUACGAGCACCAGAGAUGGGCCGCCAUGAGGGGCGAGGAGGAGAUGGAGAUGAUCCGGGACCUGCCGCAGGGCCUGAGGCGCGACAUAAAGCGCCACCUAUGCCUCGAUCUCAUCAAGCAGGUGGUCCAAAUCAACCCCUGUGUCGCUCCUCCUCCGUCCCCACGGUCCCUGACGCUGUUCAUCUGUCGUCUGCUCCUUGGAUCAUCGCAGGUGCCACUGUUCAAUAACUUGGACGACCUCAUCCUUGACAACAUCUGCGACCGGGUCAAGCCCAUCGUCUUCUCCAAGGGAGAGAAGGUGACGUAGAACGAUAAUCCCUCACCACCCUUCGCUGUGCUCAUUCUUCUUCUUAUUCUUCUUCUUAUUCUUCUUCUUCUUCCUCCAGGUGAUCAGGGAAGGCGACCCGGUUCAGCGCAUGGUGUUCAUCGUCCGUGGGCGCCUGCGGAGCAGCCAGUGCCUCAGCAAGGGCACGGUGGCGACCUGCAUGCUGGGGCCGGGGAAUUUCCUUGGCGACGAGCUCCUCUCAUGGUGCCUCCGCCGGCCGUUCGUCGACCGCCUGCCGACCUCCUCCGCCACCUUCGAGUGCGUUGAUCCGGCCUACGGCUUCUCCCUCGACGCUCACGACUUCAGGUACCUGACCGAGCACUUCCGGUACAAGUUCGCCAACGAGAGGCUCAAGAAGACGGCCAGGCACUAUUCCUCCAACUGGCGCACCUGGGCGGCGGUCAACAUCCAGCUCGCCUGGCGGCGCCACCGCGUGAGGACGAGGGGCGCCGCCCCUCCUCCCCCCCCGGAAAGCGGCUGUAGCGACGCCGAACGCCGCCUCCGGCAGUACGCCGCCGUGUUCAUGGCCAUCCGGCCUCACGACCACCUCGAAUAA